AUGAUAUGUGAUGGAGAACUUGCUCAUGCUAAUUUUUCUCAGUCUGGUCUUGCAAUUAGUUUAUCAUCGCAAGAAGCUAUUAGUGAAAAAGAUAAAGAUGAAAAUUCUAAUGAUCAAGUAAUAUCUCAAAUGUUAUUAGUAUGUUGUUGGAGAACAAUUAAACAAAUUUCAUCAUUAUUAAGUCGUUUGGAAACAAAUUGGAACAAAAUAUGUUCUGAAUGA